UUUGAUAGAGAGGUCUCUUUUAGGGCACCUCAUCUGAAGAUGAGGAAUGAAGACGUGUCGCUGAAGCACCGCGAUCCGUUGGUGUUUUUCGAGCGUUCAUCCUACUGGCGCUGGAACCCCGAGUUCACUUCGCCACUGCUCGAAGGCCAGUACUGGCAGUGCGCGUUCCCGCAGUUGAGGUUACGCUUCCGGUCUGGUGUCGCCUAUAGCAUAACAUUUGCCACCAUCUGGCUGUUGUACUUCAUCAGUCUGUACCCAUUGGCAGACAUCUCUUAUUACGUGCUGUGCAUCGUGCUGGUCAUAUCGUUGCUUGCAGCCAUAUUUGCCUUGACAUUAUGCGACAAGAUCUACAUGCGCUUCUACGGGUCCAUCUCCGUGUUGUGCUUGUUGUUGAUCUGCUUUGUGUCGUGCGCUCUGUUUCUGCUGCCAUCGCCGUUGAUCACUGCCUUUGGCCUGUUCGCGUUGUCCAUCGAGGUGGUGUUGUUCGUGUACACGGUCGUUCCUCUGCCUCUCUACCUGUGCAUGCUGUUCGCGAUGGUGUUUAGCGUCACGUACGAGUGUUCGGGUAUGUAUGUCGCCAGUGUGCCCUACUUUCCGGGCAUCCGGCUUGGCGCCCAUCUAAUGGCGCAUAUCCUUGGCGUGCACAUCUUCAUUCUGUCCGAGGUGCGUAGUCGAAAGACGUUCCUGAAAAGUGGCCAGUCGCUACUGGUCCGCCACGACCUCGAGAUCGAGAAACAGUUCAAGGACCGUAUGAUCCAGUCGGUAAUGCCACGCCUGAUGGCCGAAGAGUUAAUGAAGGAGAGCAACGAGUUAAAGCAACGGCCCAGCUCCGAUUCAUCGCGGACCACUAGGGCCAGUCUCUUCCGGCCGUUUAACAUGAAUCGCAUGUCCGACGUCAGCAUUUUGUUCGCGGACAUCGCCGGCUUCACAAAGAUGAGCACCAACAAGUCGGCCGAACAGUUGGUCGACCUGUUGAGUGACCUAUUCGGCCGGUUCGACGCACUUUGCGGUGCCAGUGGAUGCGAAAAGAUCAGCACCUUAGGCGAUUGUUAUUACUGCGUUUCCGGAUGUCCUGAGCCGCGGAGCGACCACGCAAAGUGUUGUGUGAAAAUGGGCCUGGAUAUGAUCACCGCCAUCAAGCAAUUCGACAAAGACCGAGGUGAAGACGUAAACAUGCGAGUCGGUAUCCACACGGGUACCGUACUAUGCGGCAUCGUCGGCACCAAGCGGUUCAAAUUCGACGUGUUCUCAAACGACGUCACUCUGGCAAACAGAAUGGAGUCUACCGGUAUGCCUGGAAAGGUUCACAUAUCGGAGGUCACCGCUAAGUAUCUGAACGAUCAAUACCUACUGGAGGAGGCUAAGCCGUGCGAAAGUACGUUCACCUCUGGCGAUGACGUCCUUGAAUCAUUACAUAGUCAUGGAUCUGUCCAAGCAAGCUGCCUCACCCCGCCCUUGGGUGCUCCUGGAUAG